CUAACCUCACUUAGAGAUGAAACGUCGAUAAGUGAUGUUGAUGUGUUUUGUUACUUAAAUCUUACUUAAUGAAUAUGACUUAAACCGGGCGGCCUUAAUUGAUUUGUUCUCGUGCCUUUGAUCGUACUUAAGCAAUGGAUUCGAGUAAAAAAUACGACCGUCCAUCUCCCGAAGAGACAGCGAAUCCUCUUUCGAAACUAUUCUUUGCUUGGACGUUGCCGUUUUUCAAAUACGGCUACUCGAAUGAUUUGCAAAUCAAAGAUUUAUACAAUUGUGCUAAAUAUGACCUUUCUGGCAAACUCGGGGAUGAAAUGGAACGAAAUUGGCUUCUUGAAGUCAAGUCCUCAUUGAAAAACAAUAAAAAGCCCAGCCUACUUCGUACACUACGUCAGACUUUCAUAAAAUCAUACUCACUCACCGGAAUCAUUCUUUGUUUGCAAUGUACAGUAUUGAAAAUGUUUCAGCCUAUAGUAUUAGCAGAGUAUAUUAGUUAUUAUGAGGUUAAUUACAAAGACCGGUCGUCCGGUAUGGGAUGGGGCCUUGCCACUGGUGUUAUCCUAAUGGCGUUUGUCAACAUCAUGAUUAUCCAUCACUGUAAUUUGUAUUCGCAAAGAAUCGGAAUGCGGAGUCGGAUAGCCACAUGUUCACUCAUUUACAGAAAAUUACUCAGACUGAACCGGACCUCAUUGGGCCAAGUAGCCGUCGGAAAGUUAGUAAAUUUACUAUCAAAUGACGUACAAAGAUUCGACAUUACUGCUACUUUCCUCCAUUACAUUUGGAUAAUGCCUAUACAAACAAUUAUAGCUUUUUACGUAAUGUACCGAAGUGUCGGUAUUGCCGCCUUAUCUGGUCUAGGGGCUAUAACCCUUCAAGCUGUCUUCUUGCAAGGCUACUUAAGCCGACUUCAAGGGAUUUACAGAAUGCAAAUAGCACAAAAAACCGACAAUCGAGUCAAACUCAUGAACGAGAUAACAGCCGGUAUUCAAGUAAUCAAAUUGUACGCUUGGGAAAAACCGUUCGAGAAAGUCGUAGCCUUAGCCAGAAAAUACGAAAUCAACAUCGUAUCUAAAACUUCAUAUAUUCGAGGUUUUUCAAUAGCGUUGAUGGUUUUUACAGAACGCACAGCUUCGUACUUAACUCUCAUCACUUUCGUACUUAUGGGCAAUAAAUUGACAGCAGACGUGGUUUUUUCCGUUGCCCAACUUUUUAAUACUGUUCAACUUUACAUGUGUAUAUUAUAUCCUCUGGGAGUUUCGACUUUCGCCGAAGCCAAAACUUCAGUCAAGAGAAUUGAAGAGUUUUUACUCCUCGAAGAAAAUGAAACCACGAACGACUUAUCGGUACCACAAUUCCAAAAAACUGGUACUAUCAGACUCGAUAAGGUUAAUGCUAGUUGGACUCCUAACCCCAUUGUCCACACUCUCAUGGAUUUGAAUAUCGAARUCAAUCCCGGGACRUUAUGCUGCGUUGUAGGGUCGGUGGGUGCAGGCAAAAGCUCAUUUUUGCAACUUCUACUAAAGGAAUUACCGCCGAACUCAGGUCGGGUUAGUCUCACUGGAAGUAUAUCCUAUGCAUCACAAGAGCCUUGGCUUUUCGUGUCCUCAGUCCGUAAUAAUAUUCUUUUCGGACAGCAAUACGUAAAAAAUCGCUACAAAGACGUGGUCAAAGUUUGUGCAUUAGAAACCGAUUUUGAGCAAUUUCCACAUGGCGACAAGACUCUAGUGGGUGAAAGAGGAACCUCUCUUAGUGGAGGUCAAAAAGCGAGAGUUAAUUUGGCCAGAGCUGUGUACAGAGACGCUGAUAUAUAUCUCUUCGAUGACCCUCUCUCUGCCGUGGAUGCCCAUGUCGGCAAACACUUAUUUAACGAAUGUAUUGUGAAGUAUUUGAAAAACAAAACUAGAGUUUUGGUAACGCACCAAUUGCAAUUUUUGCGACAAGCUGACCUCAUCAUAGUUUUAAACAACGGUCAAGUUGAUAAAAUCGGGACUUUCGCCGAACUCUCCGAAAAUGAACUUAACAAUCUAAAAUUGGAACAACCUGAAGAAGUUGCUACUAAAGAACAAGAGGUGGAACAAAGACAGAGGCUUAUGUCGAUUGCGUCACACAAUAGUACAGUUCCUGAUGAUGAUGAUGAUGAAGUUGAAGCACAGGAGACGGAGGAGUUGAUGGAGAAAGGCGCAAUUCCAACUUCCACUUAUUUGGAUUAUUACAGAUCGGGUGGAAGUUUCGCAGUUUUGUUGUUUUUAGUGGUUUUAUUGAUUAUUGCACAGGCUAGUUGUAACGCUUCCGACCUUUGGUUAACUUCUUGGACAAAUAUGGAGCAAGAUCGUUCAAAAACAGUCCAAGUAGAGACCGGCGAUUCAAACACCACAGAAUUGCCAUUUUCUAGUAUUAAUGAGACAAACACAGAAGUGCCAAAUGAACUAAACACAACAGAAAUCAUUUUUACAACGCUACCACCAUUAUUUAAUUUGACAGAUCCGAACCAAACACUUUCCCAAGCUUCCUACAUCUGGAUCUACUCGAUCCUUAUCAUCUUCUCUAUUAUCCUGACAACAAGUCGUUCACUACUUUUCUUUAAAAUCUGCAUGAACGCAUCAAAACGUCUUCAUAAUCUUAUGUUCAGUAAUAUUCUCCAGGCCCCGAUGCGAUUUUUCGAUACCAACCCUUCGGGUCGUAUCUUAAAUCGAUUUUCUAAAGAUAUGGGUGCUAUGGAUGAACUCUUACCACGUGCUACUAUUGAAGCAAUUCAAAUUUUUUUGGUCAUGGCAGGGAUUCUAUUCAUGGUUUUUGUUGUAACUCCUUGGAUGAUUGCUGUGUCUGUUGUUCUGGGUGCCCUAUUUUACUGGUUCCGUGUUAUCUAUUUAGCGACAGCUCAAGAUGUUAAGAGACUGGAAGGAAUAACAAGAGCUCCGGUUUUCUCUCAUGUAUCUGCUUCUUUGUACGGUCUUCCGACAAUAAGAGCAGCAAGUGCACAAAGUAUGAUAAUAAAUGAGUUUGAUGUGUUGCAAGACCAGCAUACGGGAAGUUGGUUUAUGUUUAUUGCUUCCAGUGAAUCAUUUGGCCUUUAUCUCGAUAUAAUCAGUACAGUAUUUUUGACAAUAGUGACAUACCAAUUUCUUCUUUUUGACGAUGGGACAACCAAAAGCGGAAAUGUGGGUUUGGUGAUUUCUCAGAGCCUGAUUCUAACUGGCAUGUUACAAUAUGGAGUCCGACAAACAGCAGAAGUUGCUAGUAACAUGACUAGCGUUGAACGUAUUUUGCAAUAUACAAAAUUGGAUAAAGAAGGUCCUUUUGAAUCAUUACCUACCAAAAAACCAAGCCGGGAUUGGCCUCAACAUGGCCGAAUCACUUUCAAAAAUGUGUACCUCCGGUAUAUCCCCGACGAUCCCCCGGUUUUGAAAAAUCUCAGUUUCGAAAUACAACCAGGGGAAAAGAUCGGUAUUGUGGGUCGAACAGGUGCUGGAAAAUCAUCGUUAAUAUCCGCUCUUUUCCGUCUUACUAAAAUCGAAGGUGCUAUAGAAAUAGAUGGUGUCAACACUCAAUUCAUCGGUUUGAAUGAUCUAAGAUCCAAUAUUUCGAUCAUACCUCAAGAACCAGUUCUUUUCUCAAAUACGGUACGAUACAACCUUGAUCCAUUUGAAAGAUGUGAUGAUAAGACGUUAUGGAAAGCUUUAGAAAACGUUGAACUCAAAAAUGCCAUAGACAGCUUAGACCAAAGAGUGAGCGAAGGAGGUUCGAAUUUUAGUGCCGGUCAACGCCAACUUGUUUGUCUUGCCAGAGCUAUAGUUAGAAAUAAUAAAGUGUUAGUUUUGGAUGAAGCAACCGCUAAUGUUGAUCCAGCCACUGAUGCCUUGAUCCAAACCAGUAUACGUAAAAAUUUCAAGGAGUGUACAGUUCUAACUAUAGCUCAUCGACUAAAUACUAUAAUGGAUUCAGAUAAAGUAUUGGUGAUGGAUGCAGGGGAAGCGGUCGAGUUUGACCACCCCCACCGGCUUUUAGAAAACCAGGAAGGUCGUUUUAGUCAAAUGCUUCGAGAAACGGGGAAAAAUUUAGAAAGCCAACUGCGAGAAGUUGCAAAAAAUGACUACAAUAAUAAAUUUGGACCAAAAUCUGCCAGUGAUGAACAAAACGAUAAUACAGAAAAAUGAGAUUUAUUUUUUUUAAUGUUUAACAAAAAUUGAAACGCUUUAAACUACGUAAACAAUUUUAAAUGUUUAAAAAAUAAUUGAAACGCUUUAAACUACUUAAACAAUAUUACGUAAUAUAUUAAUUUUCUAACUGUAUUUAUUUUGAGUUGUUUUGUUGAUUUUACGAAAUAUAGUACAUAUUAUAUUUUAUAUCAAUUGGA